AUCUUUUGCCUCUUGCUCUUUAUCUUCCUCUUGGUUUCUCUAAGUGGUUUAUCAUUAUUUUAUUUUAUUUAUUUUCUUCUGCAUUGUUUUAACUUUGUUCGUGAAAAUGCCUGCUGUGGCUGCAAUCGCCCCUGGCGAUGGGAAAAAGGAGUAUCCUGGAAAUCUUACUCCAUUCGUUAUGGUAUCGUGCAUUGUUGCUGCUAUGGGUGGCUUGAUCUUCGGCUAUGAUAUUGGAAUUUCAGGUGGUGUGACAUCCAUGGACUCAUUUCUGGAGAAGUUUUUUCCAGAAGUAUAUCGGAAAAAGAAUUUGAUGACAACCAAAAACCAAUAUUGUAAAUAUGAUAGUCCAACUUUGACGAUGUUCACGUCGUCGUUGUACUUAGCGGCACUGGUUGCCUCACUUGUGGCCUCGACGGUGACACGUAAGUUUGGUCGGAGGCUAUCGAUGCUCUUCGGUGGCGUGUUGUUCUGUAGUGGUGCCAUCAUUAAUGCCUUUGCUAAAGCCGUUUGGAUGCUCAUUCUUGGUCGAGUUUUACUUGGUUUUGGUAUUGGAUUUACAAAUCAGUCGGUGCCACUAUAUUUGUCGGAAAUGGCUCCAUACAAAUUCAGAGGAGCUUUGAACAUUGGGUUCCAACUGUCAGUGACAGUGGGGAUUCUAAUAGCGAAUGUUUUGAAUUACUUCUUCGCAAAAAUAAAGGGUGGUUGGGGAUGGCGGCUGAGCUUGGGCGGAGCCAUGGUUCCAGCCUUAAUAAUCACCAUUGGAUCAUUAGUUCUUCCAGAUACCCCAAAUUCAAUGAUCGAAAGAGGCCAGAUCGAUGAAGCAAAAAAGAAACUAAAAAGAGUCCGUGGAGUUGAAGAUGUAGAAGAAGAAUUUCAAGAUUUAGUUGCAGCUAGUGAAGCCUCUAAACAAGUAGAACAUCCAUGGACAAAUUUGCUACAGAGGAAAUACAGACCCCAGCUCACAAUGGCUGUAUUAAUUCCUUUCUUCCAACAAGUUUCCGGCAUCAAUGUCAUCAUGUUCUAUGCUCCCGUCUUGUUCAACACCAUCGGUUUCAAAUCCGAUGCAUCGUUAAUGUCUGCUGUAAUCACUGGCUCUGUUAAUGUAGCUGCUACAAUCGUUUCGAUUUACGGCGUCGAUAAAUGGGGUCGAAGGUUUCUUUUCAUUGAGGGUGGCAUUCAAAUGUUGAUAUGUCAGGCGGUGGUAACGGCGGCAAUUGGAGCUAAAUUUGGAGUCAGUGGAAUAGCAGAGAAUUUGCCACAGUGGUAUGCAGUUGUAGUGGUACUAUUCAUAUGUAUUUACGUGGCUGGUUUCGCAUGGUCCUGGGGACCUAUGGGAUGGUUAGUUCCAAGUGAAAUUUUUCCGUUGGAAAUUCGAUCAGCUGCUCAAAGUAUCAAUGUAUCUGUAAACAUGAUAUUCACAUUCGCGAUCGCACAAGUCUUCUUGAUGAUGUUGUGCCACAUGAAGUUCGGUCUUUUCAUUUUCUUUGGAUUUUGGGUGUGUGUGAUGACAGUAUUCAUCUAUUUCUUCUUGCCAGAAACAAAGGGUAUUCCAAUCGAAGAAAUGGGUAAAGUGUGGAAGACACAUUGGUAUUGGUCACGAUAUGUAACGAAUAACGACUUCCAUAUUGGAGCCUUAGAGAUGGGGAAAGGAGGACAUGAUCAAGUCAUCAAGACAUUUUAAUAAAAUCUCUGUUUUUGUUACGUUUUUUUGUGUCAAAUGUUUGAAAUGUAGUGUAAUUUAGACUUUAGGGUCAUUGAUAUUGACAUAAGUUUGGUUACAUUUUUUUUUUUGUUUGAAAAGGUGUAUUAGUUAUGUAUACCUCUCAUUCUCUUAUUGGUAUAUAUUGAGAAGAGAAUAUGUUCUACAAUAAACAAAAAAGAUUAUUCACUUC